AUGGCGGCCUACGGCGGCGCCCAGCGCCGCAACAGCCGCGGCGCGGGCCCCGGGAAGCAGGAGAGCUCCCCGCCGCACAAGGCAAGCAAGCUCGAGGCGCCUCGCGCGGCGUCUGUGGAGGCUCCCGUGGAGCAGGCGACGCAGCAGGCGGACAAGGAGCAGUUUGUGUGGACCAAGCAGUGGUAUCCGAUCGCCGUGGCAGAGUACCUCGAGACCGACCGUCCGCACCCGCGCGUGCUCCUGGGCAAGGACCUCGUGCUGUGGAAGGAUGGCACGGGACACUGGCAAUGCUUCGAGGACCGCUGCCCGCACCGCCAGGCGCCUCUGAGCGAGGGCCGCAUCGAGGCGGACGGCACGCUCCUCUGCUCGUACCACGCGUGGCGCUUCGACGGCAAGGGCACCUGCACGUCGCUGCCGCAGGCAGCGUCGCGCCAGGACGAGGCGCGGCAGGUCGCCCGCAAGAAGGCGUGCGCAGUCGCGUAUCCGACCAAGGAGCGCGAGGGCGUGAUCUACGUCUGGCCGGACGCCAACUCCCCGAACGAGGCGGAGAGCACGGAGCCGUUCGUUACGCCGGAGGUGCUCGAUCCGGCGCUGAAGGACCGCUGCGUGACGCCGCCGUGGAGCGAGCGCAUCCUGCCGUACGCCGCGGACUACUUCUUCGAGAACGUCACCGACCCGGCGCACGUCAACGUGAGCCACCACGGGCUCGUGGGCAGCCGGUACGACCCGGUCGGCGACUCGCACCUCACGCUGAAGCCCACGCGCGAGAUGACGUGCGACGGCGGCUUCGGAUUCUCGACCCGGCGCGGCGCCGCGGUGGACCCCUCCCUGACCAAGGAGGACAACGGCGGGACCACGGAGUUCACUCCCCCCGCCACGGUGACCAUCCGGAACGAGGCCGACGACGGGACGAAGACGAUUCUGGUGCUCAUGGCCGUCCCGACGCGGCCUGGCGAGUGCCGCCACAUCGGCCGGCAGGUCCUGAUCAAGAACGAGGAGGGCAAACUCGGACAGGGUCUGGCGUUCUUCGCUCUCCCCAUGCCGCACUGGGUGCUGCACGCCACCGCGCCGCUCUUUUUGCACCAGGACGCCCUGCACCUGCACAAGCAGCAGGCGCUGGUGCAGCGCACGAUGCGCGCGCGCGCGGGGGACGCCGCGGCCCCGCUCGAGGAGGACCCCGUCGCCUCGGGCGACUGGGGCGCGGGGAUGUACCUCCCGAACGAGGCGGACAAGGGUGUUGUGGCAUUGCGCAAGUGGCUGUCCAAGUACUCGGGGGGGUUCAUUCCGUACGAGGGGUACCACAAGGACGCGACGCUGACGACGGCGAACAGCGACGAGGCGGUGUUUGACACGUGGCACGCGCACACGAAGGACUGCAAGGUGUGCCGUGACGCGCACCGGCGGCUGAACAAGGCGCAGCCGGUGCUGAAGGCGCUCGCGGUGCUCGCGGUGGCGACGGGGGCGAUGUUCGGGGCGCGCCCGGACGCGGCGCUGAUCGCAAACACGAUGCCGACCGCGUUCGUGGUGGGGUGCGCGGUCGCGGGGGCGCUGACGGUGGCCAGCGACGUGUGCUUCAAGCUCCAGAGCCUGAUGGAGAAGUACGAGUUUAAGCACGCGGACAACAACUGA